AUGAGGGUUGAAAUAGUUGAAAUAGCAGAAUUCACAGAUGACACGUUCGAGGAAUUCCUUUUAAAUAAUAAUAGCAUCACUACUUUUAAAGAAUUAAGACUUUAUGAAAAUCAAAUAAAGAGAUUUUUCAACCAUCAUAGACAAUUAAAGGAUGAAAACCAAUUAUUAACGGAAGAAAAUUUGGUUUUGGUUGACACAAAUAUUAAAUUGGAAUUGGAAGUUAGUAAACUUAAAAACGAAAUUAAUGAGCUCGAAGAUAAUAAAUUUCAAUUAGUGCAAGAUAUCUACAACAAUAUUAAAAAUAAACAUAACGACAACCUAAUGCUGAUAAAAGAACAAACUGAAUCAGAAGCAAUCGACAAAUCAAUCAUCAAAGACAUCAAUUCGUUACAUUGUAAGAUUGCAAAAUUCGUGACUUCUUUAAAGCAAGAAGACAUGGUUUCGGUUCAACUUAAGGAAGUGCAAAAACUUUUAUCCGAAUAUGGAUCUGAGACUAAGAUUUAUUCAUUAAAUGACUUACCUAUCAUGAGCGCAAUUUUACAAAGAUCGGUGUUUGAUCAUCAUAAUAGUGCAAGAAAAGACAAUGAACCUAUUGAUGAUGAAGAAUGGUUGAAGGAUGAGAGAAACUUACAUUUAAAUAUUAACAAGAUUCUAAAUAAGGAAAAAAUCGAAUUCAUUUGGAUCCCAAAUAAUUUUCAUUUGGAUUUGAGAUUAAUGAAAAUUUUAAAUAAUAAUUAUAAUUUGGACAAUGAUGACGACAUUACAUUUGACAAUUAUUUGGUUGAUUUUUGUAGUUUUCCUUUAUUUGGCAAAAACUUAUACGAUUAUUCAAAUGACAAUAAAUAUUACACUUUGGCACAAAUUUAUCCAAAGAAAAAACAUUGA